AUGGUUCGUCUUCAUGAGGUCGGGCUCGCGACCCUGUCGGCGGUUGCCGUGACCUUCUCGAGAUACGCCGAAGCACAAAUAGCGAAUUCGUCCUUUUCCAACGACGCCACAUCGCUCACCUUCAUAUAUCAAAAUAACCUGAAUGCAUCCGACGAUGUGAAUCACGUCGGAGCCAUCUUAUUGGACCCGUUGACUCAGAGCGAAGGAAGCAUUCAAUGUAUAGCAAUUGGAGAGUCUCUGUUGCCCUUCUCGACUGUCGAAACACACAGUGAGGACUUCGAGCAUGCUCUGUCCUACCUCGCAUUCGCUGGUUUGGUACAACCUGGGCAACAGUAUUAUAUCGCGGAUGCUGUGUUGUCAGUCAACACCUCGCCUGGAGGCACGCUUGGCUUCUCGACAUCCAAGACGGAAAAUGGGACCGGCCAACUACCGGUUCUCUGCACUCAGUCCAGUUCUCAGAAUGGUGCGAGUAAUGCCCAAGCGACUGCUUCGAACAGACUGACCAUCUCCUCGGCUGGCAAUACCUACGUUGGCUUUCGGAAUCAGAAGUCCUUCCGCUUUAUUGGGAUACCAUAUGCAGAUCCGGUUGAGCGUUUCGAGUACUCAACAGUGUACAAUGCUACGGGCCAAACGAUCAAUGCCACUGCCUAUGGUUCUGACUGUGCACAAGCGUAUGACGCGUCUUCCGCCGAAGACUGUCUGUUCCUGAACAUCCAGACACCAUACAUCCCCAAGGCUGGGUCCAGCGAAAAUCUCAGGCCGGUUAUGUUCAGCAUCCACGGCGGUGGCUUUACGGGAGGUAACGGCGGGCCAGCUGCCGGGAUAGAUGGUGGGAACAUGGCCUCAAGAGAAGACAUUGUGUCUGUCCAGCUCAACUACCGGCUAUCUACCCUGGGUUUCCUCGCCAUACCGGGAACAGAUGUCAAGGGCAACUUUGGGAUUGGAGAUCAGAUUACGGCGUUGGAGUGGGUGAAGAAGAACAUUGCUUCUUUUGGUGGGAAUCCCAACAAUGUCACUAUCAUUGGAGAGUCGGCUGGUGCCGGUUCCGUUCGAACAUUGCUCGGCUCACCGCCGGUCAUCGAGCAAAAUCUCAUUUCUGGAGGCGUGUCCCAGUCAAACCUGGGAGGAGGUAUAGCUCUCGGACUGGAGGGCGAUUACGCCACGACCUACAGCUCGUACUUGACCAUCGAGCAAUCCUUUGACCGGGCCGGCGAGCAGAUCUUCAGCGGCGUCGGAUGCAACCAGACCGAUAUCAAUGAGCAGAUCGCAUGCUUGAAGAACGUCCCUGCGUCUACGAUCGUCAAUCUGGGAACAGUCGCAAGAUAUGUCGUGCAGGAUGGUACGAUCGUCGACACAGAGCAGCUUAUCGUCACUGCUAAGAAUGGCAGCCAGGCCUACGUUCCGGUCAUUUUCGGAACUACAGACUCUGACGGCGCCUCAUUCUGCGGAUUCCCGCCCAGCAACAUCACAACCGAGGUUCAGGGUAUUGCUUCCUCACUCAGCAUCUCUCAAGCCCAGGCUCAGCGGGUCAUUGACAGCGGCCUCUUCCCGUACUACGACACGGGCAAUCUGACCUUGGAUACCUUCAAUGUCUCGCAAAGAGUCUCCACUGAUUUGCAGUUCCGGUGCAUCGACGAGGCUACCGUCUACGCUGCCAGUGUCUCGGGGGCGUUCCCUGCCUCUUAUUACUACAACAGCUACCGCACAUACGAGGGUUAUGAUCCGCUGAAUCUGGGACCAACUUUGAACGGCGAAGCCAACCCAGAGGGCAACUAUUUCAGACUUCACGGGAGCGAUCUCGGCUUCGCAUACGGCAACCAGAAUCCUCUUCGUGACCAGCGUGAUCUGCAGGCCAGCCAGCUCAUCAGCGGAUACUACGCUGCUUUUACACGAACAGGCUCCCCGAAUCCGAGCGAGGAUUACCUGCAGACGCGGGGCUACAGCGAUACACUGGCAGCAGUGAGGGAGACUGGCACUUGGGAUCCUGUCGCUAGUGACCAGGGGCCGGCCAAGCAGCUGGAUUACCCAGCGGUAACGAUCACGUUUCCUGAUACUCAACAGUGUGCAUUUUUGAAUUACAGCCUGACUUAUUACCUCGAUGGCGGCGCCUGA